AUGUCCAAGGUUCCUCCGCUGCUGGAGCCCUACCUCGGCCUGCCCCCGGAGGCGGCCCUCGUCGUCCUCACGAGCGUUCUCGGCGCAAGCACCAACUGGCUGGUCCAGAGGUUUCUUUAUUCGCUCCUGCGUCAUCGCCAGAGGGGCUCGGAUGUGGACGCAGAGGGACUGGGCGAGGGACAUGACGUGGGUGUAGUGCUCGUCAGCUUCAUGCGUGACGGGGCUUUCUGGAGGGACGGGGCGAGCAGACUGGGCCUGGAUCUAGAUGCCCUCCGGAGAGCGGGCAAGUUCGCCUUUGUGGACGGCUUGACCGGCUUGUUCGUCCCCGCACAGCCGGACGCAAAGGACCGGAUACUACGAAGCGCCAAGCUGGAUGACGUCGGCAAAGGCAUUGAGGCUGCCAUAGCAGAGGUGCGCGCGAGCAGGACAGUCCUCAUCGUUGACCAGAUGGACGCCCUGCUCGCGGUAUCCAAUCCGUCCGACACGGUGACGAGCCUCUCCAUCCAGAACAUGCUCCUGUCAUUGCGCGAGCGCGUGCAUGCCACCGUUCUCACCCUCGCCGCGGACGACCCGCUGCUGCAUCCGCAGGCCACAUCGCUCGAGCGGGAGCACGCCGCGCUCGCGUUGUCGCAGGUUCAUGCGGCCCGUACGGUCAUGGCCCUGCGCAUGCUCGACACUGGUGCUGCGAAGGAUGUGAGCGGAGUGGUGCGCAUCACGGCGCGCGGGACUGACGAGGACGGAGGCGAGGCGGCAGGGCAAGCGGAGGGCGAUGCCGAGUAUCUCUACUAUGUGGCUGGUGAUGGCGGCGUGAGAGUGUUUGAAAGAGGCACAUGA